AGGUGCAGUCAAGCAUUCAAGGCGACAGUGGCCGUUCAUACGACCUGGACUCUGCCCGUUGAGAACGACAGGUUCAUAGACAUGCUUCCUCUCCUGCUCGCAAUAGUGGGUAAGAGUGUCGAGGGACAAGAAGAUGAUUCCCUGCUGAAGGCGUUCAUUGACCUCGGAGAGCAGUGUCCCAAGUUUAUGAGGCCCCAGUUGGACGCCACCAUUGAGCUCAUGCUGAAGAUAAUGGCUCUGACAGACCUGGAAGACUCGUGGAGGCAGCUGGCUCUCGAAGUCCUGGUGACCACUUCUGAAAAUGCUCCUGCAAUGAUGAGAAAACAGAGCCGCUACCUUCCAGAUAUAGUGUCGCAGUGUCUAAAGUUCAUGUUGGAGGUCGAAGAGGACUCGGACUGGCUUACUGCCGACAACCUUGAGGACGAGGACGACAACACCAGUAAUGCCAUUGUGGGCGAGACGUCACUGGAUCGCCUGGCCAAUGCUCUUGGAGGGAAAGUUGUUCUACCUCACAUCAUAAGAAAUAUCACUUCAAUGCUCCGCUCAGAGGACUGGCAUUGCAGACACGCGAUGCUGAUGGCCAUCUCAGCAGUCGGAGAGGGAUGCGAGAAGCAAGUCCAGCCCAUUCUGGGCGACGUUGUCCAGGCUGUUCUACCAUACUGCCAGGACCAACACCCUAGGGUGAGAUAUGCAGCCUGCAAUGCACUGGGGCAACUGGCCAAUGACUUUGCUCCAACCCUUCAGCUGAAACACCACUCAAAGGUAAUCCCGGCUCUCCUCAUAGUCCUCGAUGACUACGCCACACCUCGUGUCCAGACGCACGCUGGGGCGGCCCUCGUCAAUUUCUUCGAGCAGUGCACACAGAGUGUUCUCUCUCAGUACCUGCAGCACCUUGUUCCCAAACUGAAGAGAGUUCUUGAAGUCCGGUUGGAUGAGCUGCACAAGACGGGGAAGAAGCUGGUGCUGGAACAGAUCGUGACGACCAUUGCAACUCUGGCGGACAGCGUCGAGGCUUAUUUCAUACCACACUACGACCACUUCAUGCCCAGCCUCAAGUACAUCAUGAUCAACGCAACCGACAAGGAGUACAGGCUGCUGCGAGGGAAGACGAUUGAGUGUAUCAGUUUGAUGGGACUCGCCGUGGGACAAGAGAAGUUCAUGCAGGAUGCUCAGGAGAUCAUGGAGGUCCUAGUCAAGGCACAGGCAAACCAAGGAGAGAUGGAACCAGACGACCCUCAGGUCUCGUAUUUUAUCAGUGCGUGGGCGAGGAUGUGUAAGAUCAUAGGACCAGGUUUUGUGCAGUACCUACCCAUUGUGAUGGGACCACUCAUGCAGGCCGCCAGCAUCAAGCCAGAGAUUGCCAUAGUCGACUCCGACACUGAAAACAACUUCAACGAAGACGACGGCUGGGAAUUUGUGACUCUCGCAGAUCAGCAAAAGUUUGGGAUUAAAACGGCAGGACUAGAUGAAAAGUGCACUGCCAUGCAAAUGCUGGUCGUCUAUGCCAAAGACCUAAAGGAAGGCUUUGCCGACUUUGCCGAGCCCGUCGCACAGAUCAUGGUUCCCCAUCUGAGGUUCUAUUUCCACGAGUUGGUACGGGCAGCUGCCGCUGAAAUACUCCCCCAUCUCCUAGGAUGUGUACAGGUCAAAGGGAUUGAGGUGGUGCGGAAGGUGUGGGGUUACAUGUCGGACAAGCUGCUGGAGGCGAUAAACUUGGAACCCGACCCCGAGAUUGUGGGGAUAAUGAUGGACUCUCUGUGCCGGUGUAUAGAUUUGUUGGGAGCCAACUGCUUUACGGCGGAGCAGUACAGCAAGCUGGUGGAGCUGCUGAAGGACGCCAUGGAAAUGACGUUCUCUCGAGCCAGCGAGAGACUCAAGAAGAGAGAAGAUGAGGACUACGACGAACAGGUUGAGGAGGAGCUGGAGGAAGAGGGUGAGACUGAUGAACAGUACCUGUCCAAGGUGGCUGACGUGAUGCACUCACUCUUUGGCACCCACGGAGCCACUCUUCUUCCUCUCUUCGACCAACUCCUUCCCACCUUUGCCAGCAUGUUGGCUGAAGAAAGACCAAGUUACCAAAAACAGCUGUCACUCUGUGUCUUCGACGACGUUUUGGAGUUUGCCAGCUCGAGUGCUGUCAAGUAUCAGGAGUAUUUCUUGCAGCCGAUGCUCAAAUGCAUAUGCGACAAAUCACCAACAGUUAGACAGGCUGCCAGCUAUGGGGUUGGAGUUAUGGCUCAGAAUUGCUCCAAGGAUUUCUCACAAGCAUGCCUCGAUGCUCUUUCUCUGCUGACUAUGGCGAUCCAGAGGCCCGAUGCGAAAGAGGACGCCCCUUCCAUUAAUGCCACUGAAAACGCCAUCUCGGCCAUUACAAAGAUCUGCAGACAUGUAGAGACCGGGGUUCCCAUGGAAACCAUUCUCCCGCUCUGGUUCUCGUGGUUACCGGUCGUCGAGGACAAGGAGGAAGCCCCUCACGUUUACUCCUAUCUCUGUGACCUCAUUGAGAACAACAAUGCGAUAAUUCUGGGGCAAGACAACGGCAACGUUCCACGGAUACUGCUGAUCAUAGCUGCGGUGUGUGAGGUCGGCGCUCUGGAGGAAGACAAGCAAGUUUUCAUGAGACUCCUCUCCAUUGCCAGACACAUACAGGCCUCUACGGAGAUAUGGGAGGUGUGUAUGAAGCUCUUGACCCACGAGCAACAGACAGCCCUGCAAUCAGUACCGGAAGGAGAAAAGAUGUCGCGCCGAUCAGAUAACCCGCUGGCCAAAGUCAUCGUCAGGAACUACCCGCUUACGACCCCAGAGAAAGAGCUCAGGGACAUGUUCGAGAAAAUCGGAAAGAUUGACGAUUUCUUCAUGCCGCAGUACAAGGACACCAGAAAGCCGCGAGGCUUUUUCUUUGUUCAGUACAGGAAGGAGGAGGAUGCCCAUGAUGCCAUAAAGAACCUCAAUGGAAAUGAUAUUGGAGGGAUGAAGCUGGCCAUUGAGAUGGUGCGAGGGAUCGUGAUGGUCACAGAGACUGGGACAACAGAGGUGGUUAUGAUCCCCACGGUCCUCCAGGUCAAGAAUUUGGCAGAACUGGCUAUCAGGGAAUCCCUCCUGUUCGAAGAGGGCUUUUGGACCCCCCUUGCCCCCCGCCUGGAAUGCAGGGACCACCGUUCCCUCCCCAUGAUGGAAUGGGUCCCCCUGGGGGGCCCCCUCGUGGUGGACCCCCUAGUAGUUAUGGGGGGCUGCCGCCACACGAUGAUAUUCGCCGUGGACCCCCUCCGCCAGGGUAUAUGGAAGGACCACCGCAUGGAGUUGGGGGCCAUGGCGGAUCACGAGGGCCUCCUUCUGAUUAUGCCUCGGCUCGUGACCCGUAUGGCCCGCCCCCCUCUCGCGGCGAUCACCAUGGCGACCCAUACAACCCCACGGGGGGUCCCCCUCCCCGUGGUGGUGGGGGCGGAGACCAGUACUAUGACAGCCAGAGAUCCUACAGCUCAGGAGGUGGGGGCCCCCGGAAAUACGGGUCCCCCUGGUUCAGGAUACUCUACCCCUGGGUCCCGCGGGGGGGCGGGCGGUCUUGGGGGUUCCAGUGCUGGAGGAAGUAGUUACAGCGGAGACUACAGUGCCCCAAGAAGAGGUGGGUAUGACAGUUAUCAAACUGGAGGUCCACCGUCGAGUUACGACAACUACUCUCAGCCGAGAGACGGAUAUGGUACUAGUGCCAGCAGCGGAGGAGGAGGGGGGUACAAUUCCGGUCCCCCAUCCCAAACCUCAGGGGGCUACCCCCCUAAUCAAGGCUCCGGACGAUAUUCCACAUCCGGAGCUACCCAGGGGGGCUCCUACGGAAGUGGGGGUUCCUCGGGAAAAUAUUCAGACCCCUCUGGGGGUGGAAGCUAUGGGGGAACCACAGACUACUACGGAGGAGGCACGAGUACCGGUCUGAGUCAAUCCGGACCAAAGCCUACCAGUUAUGACCGCUACGGACCACCACCGAGUGGUGGUGGAGCUAGUGGUAGCAGUGGCGUGAGUAGUGGUCCGUAUGGUCGACAGGGAGACCGCAGUGGAAGUGACGUCGGAACCUACGGAACCCCCUCAAACCAAACCAGGGGAACCGGAUCCAGCUAUGACCAGUCUUCGAGCUAUUCCGGAGGUACAAACACCGGCUACGGAGCAAAAAAUUCCAGUUCUGCAAGUUUCGGUGGAUCCACUGUGUCCCGCGGGGGCCACGGGGGAUAUUCCUCCGGCGGACCCCAGUUGGGGGGUACCUUUUCAAACACCCCUGCAGCAAGCUACGGUUCUGGGGGAGGGACCAGCAGCGGCCCUAAUCAUGCUAGUGGAUCUCGUUGGGGGCAUCGACAGUACUGAAAUUUGGGACUCCUAUCCAGCAUGAUAGCAAGAAUCUCCUAUAUAUAGAACCAGACCCUGUACACGCAACCCUUACUUAUCUUACUUGGUAUAUACACAGUAUGUACAACCCCCUGUAAUAAGCAAGGCCUUUGGGGCUCUCUACACAUUUUGGACAUAUUAUUCACAGAGAUAUUGUGUUAAUGCUAAUCUUUUGUGCCUUCCCCUGUACCCAUUGCUUUUUUUUUCUAAUUUCAAAACUUGUGAAGUGAAGGCACUGAAAGAGGUGCAAGAAGUGUGUGUUCUUUGCCACAUAUAUAGUAAGAGAGUAUAUGCAAUAGUAGGGGGCUUCAAGGGGGGAGCCUGUAUACCUGUACUGUAGUGAAAGACGAGACAACGGAGAAGUUAUGUUUUUCGCUGUUGACAGAUUAUGUGGGGAGGUUGAUGAUUGUGAGAGGGAGGAAGAGCCUGUAAUGAGAGGGGUUUACCAACAGUGAAGUGAAGUAGUGAAAGCACUGUUAGAAGUGGGCUGAUGUGAUGUGAGGGAAUGUGUGAAAUUUAGGGACAUAGAGAGGGAGAGAGAGGGGAAAAUGAAGGUCGAGGGUUGUAUUUGGGCUGUAUGUUUUCUUGCUUGAGACGGUAAAGGGGGAGAGAGGGAAGAAGGAAUGAGAAGCAGCUCUAAGGACCGAAAGAGAGGGAGAGAAUACUGUCUUUUGACUAACAUUGCAGCUCUUUCCACAGAGCCAGAGAAAUCGUUCGUUUCCAGCAAACAGAAACAGAUUUCUCUGUUUUGGCAAGAAGUGCCACCGGUAUUAUUUCCAUACAGCAAGGAGAGAGAGAGUUUAUCAUAGUGCAAAGGAAGUUGUUCCGUUCUUGAGUUCAUUUCCACAGUGAAGAAAACCGUGUCAUCAGUUUAUCCUCAGUGAAUAAAGAGAAGUUGGUCUAUUUUCACGGCAGAGAAACUCCAGAAGUUUAUUUCGUUGCAACGACAAGUUACUUCGCAGUGGACAGGUGUAGGCCACAAGUUGUGUAUUGUUCAACCUGCUCCUGUCAUGAUAUGUCACAUCAUAUGACCUCCCCGAUGCUUGCCAGAUCUACACACAAGCAUGCUCUACAUUAUAGGAUUGUAUAUACCCGUCCUAUAGGUCAGCAUAGCGGGACGUAUUUUUCAGGACACUCCAGCACACCUUUUCAAAUCUUUUAAAGUUUACUCUACACUUUUCCAGAAAUCAUGAAACUCAGGAAUUGGGACACUAUAGAAUAGUGUAAAUCGCAAAGGGAGAUGAUGGGGAAUAAAGAAAUGUCUUUUGUGUGUUUCACAUGUUCCUUUCCUUGUCUGUUCUGCAGGUUUGCCUACUCCUGUUCUCGUGUGUACACCACUCCGUAUUCAUCUCCGGGGACAGUGAAACUCUCCACUUGCCCGCCGCCCUCAGAUCUUGUGAAUUCCACCCACUCUCCAACGAAUCCCUCGUUGAGAGUGCUGGCAUGGUUGCGGGCCGCCGUGCAGCGAGAUUUGAAACUCGUCUUCUCCGCGCCAGUCGAGAAUGGAUCGCUCUCCGGAGGAGUCCAACAACAGUAGGGCCUUCCUGUCAUAGACUGUACCAAGUUCAACCACUGCAACCGUCUGCAUGGUCCCUGUGCUCCGAUGCUGUAGUUCCCAGUGUAGUCUGAGGGACUAGGUGGAACACUGGGUCCAGGCUUAAGGAUCUCCAGUAUCUCGCUGACCGUCGAGAUGAUUUUCUGACUCAGCUCUAUGAUUGGCUCGUGAGAGCUGCAACCGUCGCAGCUGUGCAGGAACACGAACCCAGUCUUUAUUUCAUGCUGCAUAAAAAGAUUUUUCCACUGAAUUUCAUACUGCUAUGGAGAAAAGUGCUUUAUGACAUAAUAAUACAAACCAUCCAUUGUGAGUUUGCUCACAGUAUAUACACUGAAUUUUAUACUGCAUAAUAACUACUAUUUGCGAUGAUACAACGGUGCAUAAUAAUCUACUAUUAAUUACGAUUGAUAAUAUUAUGUCAC